AAAUAGUUUCCAGUCUGUUAUUUCAUCACGCAUCCAAAAUGGCGGUUGUUGUCGUAUUUUGCUGCUGUGUUUUGCUUGCGCUAUUUAUCGCGGCAUUUGCAAGAAUUUGGUGGGUUUUAGGACGAAGAAAGAUGGAAAUACAGCCGCGCAGUAAGCCAGUAAAAACAUUGAUAGUCAUGGGAUCAGGGGGGCAUACAUCAGAGAUGAUAAGACUCAUGAGCGGGUUAUCUGAUAUGUAUAACCCAAGAAUGUACCUCAUUGCCGACACCGACAAAAUGAGUGAGGAGAAGGUGGUGGAGUUUGAAUCCAAACAAAAACCAGAAAUUUUCAAAGAGGAGGCAGCUGAAAAGCAACACAAAGAUUAUGAAAUCCUAAGAAUCCCUCGCAGCAGAGAAGUGAAACAGACUUAUGUCUCAUCUGUACUCACCACAUUAUACGCCUUCAAGGCCACUCUUCCACUGGUCCAUGACGUCAAGCCUGACUUGAUUCUGUGCAAUGGCCCAGGAACUUGUGUGCCUGUUUGUAUAGCUGCGGUUCUUCUUAAGAUUCUUGGCAUGCAUAAUACAACUUUGGUCUACAUAGAGAGUGUAUGCCGCGUCAAAACCCUCUCCCUGUCUGGUCUUAUCAUGUAUCGACUGGCAGACCAUUUCAUGGUGCAAUGGCAGAAGCUACAGGAUGCGUACCCAAAGGCAGUGUUCCUUGGUAGAUUAGUGUAACAGUGGUUCCAGGGAGUGUCCCUAGUAAGGGAACAACCUUUAACCCUAUGAAUUCAUUCCCCAAUUUCAUCAAUUAAUAUAUUCUCGCCUGCCCCCCCCCCCCCCCUU